AUGAGUGAUGAAAAUUUCGAACGUUUGCAGCGUGCAAUUGUACACGAAACAUCUGACCCAGAAAAGAAACUCGAAAUACUCUACCAUUCGAGAGGUUUUUUCAGCGGAGAGCAGGCAGGACAUAUAGUAUCAUCGAUCUCAAGACCAAAAGAUCGUAUCAAAGCUAUUAUGAUGAUGGAACCGCGUUUAAUACCGAUGACGUGUCAACAAGCGAGACACAUUCUUGCAUCGAUAACUGUUCAUAAUGAUCGACUUGAGGCCUUACAAUACGUAAAAAGAGCGCUUAACGAUGCUCAAACACAGGAGGGACAUGAUUAUAUUCUUAGUGUCUUCCCAUUUUUUGAAGAUAAAUUGAAAGCAGGCAGCAUUCUUGAAACCGUAAUUGCGCGAGAAGGUGUUCGAGUUGCAGCAGGUGGUCAUAUUGGAUACGGUGCAAUCGGCAGUACAGUUGUACGGGCACCACCAUUGAAUCCACAUUUCUAUGGUUUAAUAUCGAAUCAGGUUGCGCAUUUGCCGAAUCAUACUCAAGAUUCCUUUCAAGUACGAGAACUUUUUGCUGCCAAACCUCCAUCAAUUUAUACUUUUAGUGAAUCAUUUUUACCGCCGACAAGCGAUAGAGAACAACGAUAUGAAAAUUUGUAUAAUCCAAAAUCUCUUCCAUCAAAUCAAUAUGCAAUGAGUGGUGCUGCACCAAAUCAUAUUUAUCAUUCAGGUGGACCAUUUUCAACUGGUUAUGCAAACUUUCAGCCAACAACAGCUGCAAAUGCAUGCGAUAUUACACCACAACUCUGA